AUGAUCGCCUGGCCGUCGGACCGUCAACGGCUGAACUGGCAGCCCUCAAUGACUUGGAGCGUUGAGCCCAGAACACACAGUGCCCCCAACGUGACGUCCUCCAGCGGCCUCGUGCCUUCCCCCAUUGCCGUAAAGCGCCUCUGGCCGCACGUGCUGCUAUCGCGUGGGGGCGUGGCUUGCCUUUGCGCCUGCGCCUGUCUAAAGUGCAUCCGGGCGUCAGGCGCGCAGAACCCCUGUCGUGUUCCUGUCGGGGUGGGCGCGCGUGCCUUCGCCUCGGGAAAUAGUGGACCGAGUGUGCCUGUGUCUUUGUCCCCGUGGAAGAGGUGGAGGCGGCUUCGCUCCGCCCUCCCCGCUGUGCUGCGGCCACAUUCAGGGCUCCACGUGCAACCCAGGGAGGCGACGGCCCAGCUUCUGCAUCUGUGCAGAGGAAACGUUGCCUGCUUUGUCCUUGCUGCUCAUAGCGUGCACCAUCACCAGCGUACUGGCACACUGUGUGCGGGCUGUCUGCGACCCUAUGCCACCAUGGUGACGGCUACAUGGCGCGGGCCAACGCAACCUGAAAUCCCCCAGCUACCAGCUUUGGCCAGGAGGCUGUCGGUGCAAAAUUCCUCAACCGCGCAGGUUGAAUUGACCAAAGUAACGGUUAUGGAGAAGCCUAGUCCCCUGCUGGUUGGGCGGGAGUUAGUGAGACAGUAUUACACACUGCAAGCCCCAGACAUGCUACCUAGAUUUUAUGGAAAGAGCUCUUCCUAUGUGCAUGGGGGAUUGGAUUCAAAUGGAAAGCCAGCAGAUGCACUCUAUGGACAGAAAGAAAUUUACAGGAAAGUGAUGUCACAAAACUACACCAACUGCCACACUAAGAUUUGCCAUGUUGAUGCUCAUGCUACUCUAAAUGAUGGUGUGGUGAUCCAGGUGAUGGGACUCUUAUCAAACAACAACCAGGCUUUGCGGAGAUUCAUGCAAACAUUUGUCCUUGCCCCGGAGGGCUCUGUUGCAAAUAAAUUCUGUGUUCAUAAUGAUAUCUUCAGAUACCAAGAUGAGGUCUUUGGUGGCUUUGUCACUGAGCCUCAGGAGUCUGAGGAAGAAGUAGAGGAGCCUGAAGAAAGACAGCAGACACCUGAGGUGGUACCUGAUGAUUCUGGAACUUUCUAUGAUCAGGCUGUCAGCAGUGACUUGGAAAAACAUUCAGAGGAGCCUGUUGCUGAACCAGAGCCUGAUCCUGAACCAGAACCAGAGCCAGAACCCGUAUCUGAAAUCCAAGAGGAAAAAAUCUGGGCUCCUGAGGAUGCUCAGAAGAGUUCUUGUCCAGCACCUCCAGAUAUAGCUCAGACAGUACAGGGAGACUUGAGGACAUUUUCUUGGGCAUCUGUGACCAGUAAGAACCUUCCCCCCAGUGGAGCUGUUCCUGUUACUGGAAUACCACCUCCUGUUGUUAAAGUACCAGCUUCACAGCCCCGGGCCGAGUCUAAGCCUGAAUCUCAGAUUCCACCACAGAGGCCUCAAUGAGUCCGAGAGCAACGAAUAAACAUUCCUCCUCAGAGGGGACCCAGACCAAUCCGUGAGGCUGGUGAGCAAAGUGAUAUUGAGCCCCGAAGAAUUGUGAGACAUCCUGAUAGUCACCAAGUCUUCAUUGGCAACCUGCCUCAUGAAGUGGACAAAUCAGAACUUAAAGAUUUCUUUCAAAACUAUGGGAACGUGGUGGAGCUGCACAUAAACAGUGGUGGAAAAUUACCCAAUUUUGGUUUUGUUGUAUUUGAUGAUUCUGAGCCUGUUCAGAAGGUCCUUAGCAACAGGUCAGUCGUGUUCAGAGGUGAAGAACUGAAUGUGGAAGACAAGAAGACUGGAGCUGCUUGGGAGGGACCUGGAGGCCCUGGAGGUGGCCUGGGCUGUGGAAUGAGAGGCCCUCCCCAUGGAGGCAGGGCGCAGAAACCAGGGUCUGGAAUGGGAAGGGGGAUUGCUCCACGCAGUGAAUUGCUCUUCACUGAUCUUCAUGAACCAUAA